AUGCACGGACGGAGCCACAGCGGCUGUAUCGCGGCGGUGCGGCACACAGACCCCGCGGGAGUCCCGUCCCAGCUCGGAACGUCGGAGCGUGCCGCCACCGUGCGCCAAAACACUUUAGCCCACGACAGGUGCGAGCCACGCGCACACGAAAUACGGCCGGCGGUACAAACACCACGCGCAGCACACCACGCUAUAAACCGCCCAGUGUUACUAACAGAGGAAACAACACCUGCCUGGGAGACAUACAUUGUAUCAGGAACAAAUAUUGAGUUCGAGAGGGCAAAAAACAAAAAACAAUCUAAGAAGUCAGGUUUUGAUACAGGGUUGGUGGAGAUACUACAUAUCACUUGGCAAAACCUAGCAUUAAAAGAUACAUUGCCGUUCCAACUACCUCGAGGCAUUUGGUGGACGAUCACAAUAGAGGAGGAUGAUCGUAUAAGGGCGGAGCGCGAGGAAGGCGGGUGGCGGAGGAAGCGCGCCGCCGCCGGCCGGAGCCCGACGUCGGCGGGCCUUCGUCGUUUACCACGCCGCGAGAGACUGUUUGUUGGACAGGACAGUGCCCCUGACCGGAGCCCCAGAAGGAAACAGCUGUUUGUUACUCCAGCUCCCCCCGUAAUUUCUGGAGGCUUGUGGACCGACGAUGACCUGGCGGAAUGGUUUCGUUUGAUCAAGAAGUAUCCUCCUGGUGCGUCGGAGAGAUGGGAAAGAAUAGCGGGAAGCGAUGGGCCGCAGCGGUUCCUGAGGUCACACAUAUGGCUGCUAGGUCAAGGAGAACUUGCUAUAAGAUACCGGGGCAAGAAGCAGCUGAAGAAGUGCCAGAACCACCUAAGAAGGUCAGUGAAGACUCGUCAGACAGAGGGAGUCCUUUCGGGGGGGCAACUGUGGUCGCAGGUUCAACAGAAGGCUUUAGAGACAGCGCUCGCUAAACAUCCCAAGGGAACAGCUGGGGACCGCUGGCAGAAGAUCGCUUCUGCUGUGCCAGGGAAAACUAAGGUUAGACCUCAUAAUAUCAUGUGUCCAUAA